AACCCAUUUGUGUUUUGUGUGUUGCAACAAGAAGUUGUUUUUUUGAUAUUUGACAUAAAAAGUGUAAUUUCAUGUGUGACAAAUUUUAGAAUGUACGAACAAUAAAGCACAAGAUCAAUUUAAAGUGCAAACAAAAAAGUGUUAAAAUGUUAUUUAAAUAAAUGUGGUAAUUGUUAACAGUAUUUUUUUAAAUAAAAAACAACAAACAUGGGAUCUCCAGUAACGGAAUUACCGGUGAAAGCACCGCCAAAAAAAAGAAAGCCCCUGCCAUAUCCAAAGUCGAUAGGUUUUAUUGUCAGUAAUGAGUUCUGUGAAAGAUUUUCUUACUAUGGAAUGCGAACAAUCUUGGUCCUGUACCUUCGAGACAAACUCGGGUACACGGCGGACGACGCAACGGUUAUUUACCAUGUCUUCACGAUGUUCGUAUAUUUCUUCCCGCUCUUUGGUGCGAUGUUGGCUGACAGCUUUUUAGGAAAAUUUAGGACGAUAUUCUACGUGUCCAUAAUCUACGCCAUAGGAAAUAUCUUGUUGUCUUUGACUGCCAUGCCUCCUCUUGGACUUCCUGCGAGAGAGCUGACAAUCCUCGGUCUCUUCUUGGUAGCUCUUGGAACAGGUGGUAUAAAGCCGUGCGUUUCCGCUUUUGGAGGUGAUCAAUUCAAAAUUCCUCAACAAGCAACUCAAUUGGCAACAUUCUUUUCCCUGUUCUACUUUGCUAUUAAUGCUGGUUCUUUGAUUUCAACAUUUUUGACGCCGGUUUUGAGAAUGGACGUUAAAUGUUUCGAUCAGGAAGAUUGUUAUUCGCUGGCUUUUGGAGUUCCUGGUGUAUUGAUGGUUGUUUCCAUAUUUAUAUUUGUUGGUGGAAAAUGGUUGUACGUGAUCAAAGAACCUCAAGGAAACAUGGUCGUACAAGUUUCCAAAUGUAUUGGUAAUGCAAUUAAAAUGCGCAGCAAAUUGAGCAAGACUGAGAAACGUGAGCAUUGGUUGGACUAUGCUAAAGAAGAGCAUGGCGAGCAAAUGGUUUCAGAUAUCAAAGCCUUGUUGAGAGUUUUGGUUUUGUAUCUGCCUUUGCCAGUAUUUUGGGCAUUGUUUGAUCAACAAGGAUCAAGAUGGACCUUCCAGGCCACCAGGAUGGACGGAAAAAUUGGUGGAUUCAUCUUGAAACCAGAUCAAAUGCAGGUUGUAAAUCCUCUGCUCAUUUUGGCUUUCAUUCCAUUAUUUGAAUACGUUAUUUACCCAAUAUUGGCAAAAUGUAAAAUUUCAAAACCACUUCAAAAAUUAACAUUGGGCGGAAUAUUAGCUGGAGUUGCUUUUCUGAUAUCCGGUAUAAUUGAAUUAGAACUUGAGAAAACAUAUCCUGUUUUACCUUCCGAAGGCAAUGCCCAACUUCGUAUCUUCAAUGGCUUUGACUGCGAUCUCCACUUAAAAUUCCACGAUUCAAAUUCAGAUUUUGCAUUAAAAUCUUUAGAUUUAUACACUGAUAAAAACGUCAAUGUUCACAAAUCUUUAACAAAAGUGAUAUCAUUUGAUUUUCCAAGUGGUAAUCCAAAUUGUCCAGAUGAAAAAGAGAAAGGAAAGACGUACACAUUAGAUAUAUUUGAAGAAAAAGCAAAUUCUUUCUUGUACAAUCGACAUGGAGUUCAAGAUUAUGAAGAUGAAGUUGAUAAAUCAAAUACUGGAUAUCCCGUUGUGAGGAUUUUGUCAAAUACAGUUGUACAAGAUACAACAAAAAUUGAAGUCAUCGAUGCUGAUGAUGGUGAUUCAGUUCAAUUAACUUCUAAUGCAAGCACAACAGAUAUGGGCACAGUUGCACCAUCGAGAUAUAAUAUUAAAAUUAAAAACAAGAAGGUAUUCAAGGAACCAAUUCAAUUGGAUUUGGGAGGUGUCUUUACUUUUGUUAUUGCUGAAGAUGAUACUGGAAAUUAUAAAUCAAAAAUGCACACAUUGGCAGAACCUAAUUCGAUUCACAUGCUAUGGCUUAUUCCACAAUACGUCGUAAUCACCUUGGGUGAAGUCAUGUUCUCCGUUACGGGUUUAGAAUUUUCCUUCAGUCAGUCUCCAGUUAGUAUGAAGAGUGUUCUACAGGCAUGUUGGCUAUUGACUGUCGCUUUUGGUAAUGUUAUUGUGGUUAUUGUGGCAGAGGCUAAAGGAUUUGAGAAACAAUCGUCAGAAUUCUUCCUAUUCGCCGCCCUCAUGAUAGUUGAUAUGGGUCUGUUUGUUCUUCUGGCAAUGAACUACAAAUAUGUGAUACCGCCUCCAACAGAAGAUGAAGAUUUAGAUUUGACACCUGAAGAAUUUGAUGAAAGGACAGGUCAACAUCCUCGACUCAGCCAUGGUGAUAUUCCAUUGAGCCAUCGGCCUAGGAAGGGAUCUAAGAGUUCUACUGGGCAAGAAAAUAGAGCAUAUGAAUAGAAUAUAAUUUAUAAAUAUUAUAUAUAAAUUAAAGAUUAAAGUACGUGAUUCGGCAAUUAUAGUCUUUGAGUUCUGAGUCAAUGGAAUAUAUGAUACAGUGCAAAAAUAUUUUUUUUAGUUUUAUAGAGAAUUUAUUUCACUUUACCAAAAUUCUAAUUCGAACAUUUUAUACAAGUUUUGUAUUUAUAUUAGUAGGAUUACAUUUAGUUCAUGAUUAACUUUGUACAAUUUGUAAGAUAUUAUAUAGAUACUUUAUUAUUGUUGCAU